AACAUGAGGGGGAGGGUCUAAAGGCCUCUACAGAGAAAGUGGUUAUAAACAUGAACAUGCCUAGAGAUUACAGCCAGUUAUCUGUGAGUAUGUCCAUUGCUCAUUUUUCGAACUUUACCACCUGGAAACAUGUCUGACAUGAGCCCAAGAUCGCUUUGAGUCGUCUUACAGUCUAAAAUGACUUCAAAGCAUUUGAAAACGGUUAGGGAUCAACUGAGCGAAGAAUGCCAUGGAAAAGCUAGAAGAAAGCAAAUAUUCACUGAGCAGAAGAAAAGGAGGGUCUGCACAGAAUGGAGAAAAGCUCGUUCUCGUUUGGCGGCACAGAGUAGGAGGAGGAAGGAGAGCCAGCUGUUUAAGGAGUUAACUGCUCUUCUGCCUCUGGACCCCACCAUGGACGGUCAGCGAGACAAAGCGUCAGUCAUACGUCUCACAAUCGCUUACCUGCACCUGAGGGAUCUUAUAAACACCCUGGACUCCUGCGCACCGUCCAUGAUGACACAGUCCUCUCCUCCCUCACCAGGAGCAUCGGCUAAAUCUCAUGAGAGGGAGUUGCUAGAUUCUGCCCUCGGAGGGUUUGUGGUUUUGUUGUCUUUGAAUGGCAAGGUCAUCUUCACCACUAAGGGCAUAACUACACACACUGGAAUUAACCAGAUGGAUUUGAUCGGAAGGAGUUUGUUUGAGUUCUUGCAUCCAUGUGAUCAGAUGGAGGUCAAAGACAUUCUCACGAGACUGAUCGGUAACCGAGGGCAGCAAGAAUGCGAAGUGUUCCUCAGAAUUAAAAGCGUGAUGAACCAGAAGCUGACUCCUUGGAAAAUUAUUCAGUGUACUGGAAAGAAAAAGUUAUCGGCCACACCUGGAUCAAGUUGUGUAGUUCUUCAGUGCAGGGUUCUGCCCAUGCAGGAGGUUAUUGAACUGAAUGCAGCGAUGAAUAUGAGUACAUUUAUGAGCGUACACAGUCCAGACAUGAAGUUCACCUACUGCCACUCGAGGGUUGUGAAGUUGACUGGCUUUUGUGACACAGAGCUGUUGGGCCAAUCCGUGUACCAGUAUUAUCAUCCGUCUGACUGCCAGCAAAUCCGCAAGGCACAUAUUUACUUGCUUUCCAAGGGUCAGGUGUCGACUGGUAAAUAUCGGCUGCUGCACGGACACGGUGGCUAUGUUUGGGCAGAGACAGACGCGUCAUUGGUGUGCAACAUUCACACUGGUGUGCCAGAGAGUGUCGUGUGCAUCAAUUACAUUCUUAGUGGAGUGGAGCAGCCUGAUUUGACAUAUUUGCUGAAGCAGACAGAACAGCUUGUGAAUCCACGCGGCUCCCUUCUCACAGAUUCCCAGCCUGCCGCUUUUCCACUUACUGGAGCCCAGCAAGACAAAAGUGGCCUUAGAACAAGACCCGAUGAGCAUGAUGAUUCCACAACAGCUCUAAACCAAAGAGAGAAUGACAUACAGGAAGUUCGUGACUGUACAGAGAUCACACAUAACACAGAGGAGUGCUGCGAUGUCAACUGCGAUCUGUGUGAGUUAGACUUAGACAGUCUGGCUCCAUACAUUCCAAUGCACGGAGAAGACUUCCUGCUAACUCCUAUUACAGAGGAGACAGAGGACAGCCCCGAACUAAACAUGCGUGGAUUAUUAUUCAAUGGUCAACGUCAAAUACUGGACCCUCGGCUGCAAAAUUCAAAGGGAACAGUCUGCCUUCCUGUAAAGAACCUCACACAUACCCAACGAAGUGUCAGUCAUUAUUUUCUAAAAAACAGGAUCAGUGAUAAUGACCUGAUAUCAACACAGCAGUGGAAUGAGAGCCUAGACCUCGUGAACAGAAUUUCAAAGGUUUAUAAUUAUAAGCAGCAUAACUAUCAACUCUUCUCGACUGAAAGCGAGACUUAUCAUUGGAGGGAGGAUGCACUUAGAGUUUUGCAACAUCCCAACAGAACACACCGGAGCUUCGAUGGAUCAACACCGAGGCCGUAUGGCAGAGACACAAAUACACUUGGAAUAAAGUUCAGAUCGCUUCCGGAGAAUCCCAAGCGGAUUCAAGACAGGAGACACCACGCCGAUGUAAAAGCGCUCCCAGCACCUUGGACUCUGCCUGUGUUGAGCGGCUGGGAGUGCGAGGUCAACGCACCUCUUGACCCCACAUCAUAUUUGCUCCAAGGGACAGAAAUUAUAGCUGUUCUGGACCAAGUGGCCUCAAGAAUGCCUUGGUGCUGAUGCAAAACAAAAUACGACUCCAAGAAUGUGCGCGUGAAUACAAUUAAUCACUUACUCUUGUAAUGCAUCUUUAUAAUAACAACAUAUGCCAGUAGUCUAACACCCGAAAGGAAUGCCUUUGAGUGCAUUACUAAAACCUGCGUGAUUGCGGUCAAGUCUGUUUAUAAUCUAAUACUGGGCUUUUGCACUCCAGAGUUAGAGAGUUAAGGCCCAUUCACAACAAGGGUAACAACUAUAAGAUAGUUUUAAGUUUUUCUAAUUCUUGGACAAUAGGAAUGUUCACACCACAACAAUAACAAUAAUGACAAAGAUGAACAAUAUCGUUGGAAUCAAUUACAGAGCAUUUUUUUUCCAAGCUGAUGAAGUCAAUAAACUUUAAUAGAUGAUAAAGUGUCACCCGCACUUAUAAUAUACAGAAUAGUAUUGUCUGUGUGGACGCUAAUCUAUGUCUCAUUCUUGGUGUGAAAGUGCCUUUAACAUUAAGGCAUUGCAUCUUCUGCCAUUGCUGUAUUGCAUUUCAAAAUAUUUUAAAAACCUUUAUAUAUAUAUAUAUAAAAAAAAAAAAAAACAAUUAUUCUGCACGGUCACAAAUCUGUUUCGAUUGACUAUUUUUCAUGUAUUAUUUAAUGUGCAUUUUUUUUACUUUUAAAACUUGUUUUAAUGAUGUCAGUGUGUUUGGCACACUUAAUUGUUCCCUUUGCAUCUUGUUUGCAUUUUAUGACAUGAUGUAUUAUUAAUAUAACAACUAAUAGUGCAUAGUAGUUUCAUGCUAAUUUAAUAAAGUUGUGCUCUUACAAAGCCUCAUGUAAAA